UUUGUCACCACGCUGCUUGUUAUAUGUUUUGUGAUGCUCAUGUUUUUUUUACUUACUAUCUUGUUAGCGCUCCUGAAUGGGCACUAAACGCAUGUAGGUUUGCUGCAUGGGUCACAGUCGAUUUUGCCUUGAAAGCAAAGUUAUCUUGCUAGUCAAUUUUAAAUCUCAGUUGGAAUUGAAUGCACAUGUUUGGCUUUAAACGGAAAAUCGGGGCGUGUACAUAUUAGUUGACAAAAACAUUCAAUUGAAUGACGAAAUGUAGCCGCAUUACAUUUAAAACUAACAAGCUAGCCAAGUAGAACCCAAGUUUUGCAAGUGGCUUGUUUUGCAUAUCCAUUUCAAUGCGCAUGACUUCGUGCUUGGACAAAAUAGUCCAUCCGUCUCCUCCACCAGAGGAUAAAAUGGGCUAUAUUUGUCAGGGGAAAAUGGAAGUGUCAAGAAGAAGGAUCUACAACAAGCACCUCCAGCCAGCAAGGCCUCUGCGUCGCUUGAAUAUUGAUCCUGAACCUCGAAGAAAUGUUGAAAUUGAGACAUAUACAUGCUCACACACAGAGGACAAACCAAUGAAAAACAUUGGAGUGGAUCAGCUUUAUGAAAUUAUUCAUCUUCAUAGCCAAAGUCACCAAAAACCCAAGAAAGAAAGAAUAUCAUACAGCAGAGAAUUUCUGAUCAAGUUGGCCAGCUCCCCAAUUGCCAAAAGAAGGCCUGAUUUCUUACCAGAGCACCCAGUUGUUCUGGAUAAGCCAGUAAAGAGACCAUGAUGUAUCAAGAUUGCAUCUCUGACGUGCCCUGGAUCAAGAUGACUUAACUGAGAACUGCCUUACCCCAGAAGAAUUCAGAAUGGCUCAAGAUUUUUUUCAAAUAAAUGUACCAGUUCCUCGCCUCCUUGUUCACAUGACAGCUUGCAGAUGUGGAACGAUACACAAAAUAUUCUGCUUUUGUAAUGCAGUGUAGGUUAAUGUAGGUGUUAUAAAAGAUUACUAAUUUUUGUUUGUCUGGUGUCUCCUGUGUACAGUUCUAUAUUUGUAUAAUACUAAGUUUUCCAUUUAACUUAUUGUAGAUGAGUAAACUUUCCUGUUGUUUUUCCCCCCAGGAAUUGGUUUAAACACCAUUGUUUGCAUUAUUGUAUUUCUAAAUUGUAGUCACUGAGUUUUACAGUAGCAUUGUUUUAAACAUGACCUUUUGUUUCCCAUAUCUGGAGUGUUUUGAAAAAAAAUCUUAAAUCUUGCUUGGAAUUCAAUACAGAAUAGUUGUUGCAUUUCUUUCAGGUGUAUCACCUAAAAUCAUCCGUUGAAGACUUAUGGCAAUGAAAGAGGUUGCCUGUUAACCUCUGCAAAUCACUCGCAUCUUUAAAGGUACUAAGGGGAUUAACAUUUCAAUGAGAUGUUUUAAGAGCAUUUGCUCCUGAAAGUUGAUGUGUGCUGAUUGGAAAAAUAAUUUUGUAGCACUUCUACUAAUUGGGAUGGAUUAGUGUGCUCCUAUAUUUUUCAACUUGGGAGCACAUGUUUUCUUUGAAAUAAUGUUAGUGGUAUGGUAAUACGGUAAUACUCUACCAUCUAUAAAUGGUGAUGCAUCUGCAAGGAAGGUAUUUAGGGCAGUGUCCUUUUGGUUGCUAAGCAUGUUAUAGGUGCAAAUAAACCUGUUGCCUUGGUACAUUUGAAUUCCAAUUUAUUGUAUUAUAAAUGCUCGUUAUUUUUCCAUUGUCUUAGUUGUCUUGAUUUCAUAUUAAAAAAAAUAUAUAGCUUGAUGGCUACCAGACAGUUAUUAAUGUGCCCACAGCUGACGUGACUUCACUGUGACUGUUGAGAUUAGCCAAUUAAACUAGCCAGUUGGCUGUA